CUUCUCCACUGUUUGCCUCUAGUAAACAGCUCUUCGUUGCCCCUUUACCAAAAGAAAAAUCACUAAUUCCUCCCAAACCCUCCUUUGCCCACAUUCUUUCCCCAUUACGUAGGUAGAGCUACUACUACAUAUACUGAUUCAGCCCCCCCAGCGUCCUCCUUUUCUACUUCUGUUUCUCUCUCAUCCCCAUAAUUUCUGUUUUGUUUUGUGACCAAGAACACUUCUUCCAUUGAGAAACCCAAUUCCCCGAGAUAAUAAUCUCAUUGCUGUCAUUGACUCAUUCCUGCAUCCAUACGAUUCGAAAUGUUCAGGCCCACGGUCGCUCGUCAGGCCUGCAAGGCUCUUAACCAUGCCUCUCGUUCGGCUGUAUUGACCGCUACAUCGCGGCCAGCGGUGACGAACUCCUUCCGUUCCAUCUCCUCCACCGCGCCGCGUGCCAAAAAUGACGAAGAAGACAAGAUCAAGAACGACCCCUUCUUGACAGCAACCACAAAGGCUCCUGAGGGUACUCUGGGGGAAACGGAGGGUCGCUUUGCCCGUACAGACGAGAGCCUGCAGAUCGAAUAUCCUGAUGACGAACAUAUGCCUCGUUCACCCGUUGUCCAAGGACGCGGUGGAAUGCACUUCAAGCGAACCCUAGCACAAUUCUCUUUGGAGAACAAGGUCACACUGGUCACGGGAGGAGCUCGAGGUCUGGGGCUGGUCAUGUCUCAGGCCCUCGUCGCGUCGGGAUCCGAUCUUGCAAUUGUUGAUUUGAACAAGGAAGAAGCUGAGGAACAGGCACUUAAACUGGUGGAGCAAUUCCGCAAGGAAAACCCUGGGUUGGAGCAAAUGCCCAACGUUACCGCUCAUUACGCCGACGUGGCCAACCCCGACUCCGUGAACGCAGCCAUCGCCGAGGUUAUUUCCAAGCACGGCCGCAUCGACAGUCUGGUCACUUCCGCUGGGUUUACCGAGAACUUCGACGCCAUCUCUUACCCCCAUGACCGCAUCCAGAAGCUCUGGGGAGUCAACGUGGACGGCACAUACUUGUUUGCGACGGGUGUUGCCAAGCACCUCAUGGAGCGUAAAGUCCCGGGCAGCAUUGUCAUGAUUGGCAGCAUGUCCGGUGCCAUUGUCAACGUUCCUCAACCCCAAGCCCCCUACAAUGCCGCGAAGGCUGCCGUUCGCCAUCUGGCCGCCUCGCUUGCUGUCGAAUGGGCCGGUCAUGACAUCCGAGUCAACUGCAUCAGUCCUGGAUAUAUGCUGACUGCUCUGACUCGCAAAAUUCUGGACGAGAACCCCGAACUGCGAGACAAGUGGAUCUCCCUCAUCCCCGCCGGCAAGAUGGGUACUCCUGAGGAUCUGAUGGGUGCCGUUACGUUCCUCUUGAGUGACGCCGCCAAGUACAUCACCGGCGCCGACCUCCGCGUUGACGGUGGCUACACUCUUACCUAAGUGUGUAGCAUACCCUUUUGUUUUGGUCGCCAUGGGCGAUCGAUACUACUGUCUUAAGUAUACAGUAUGAUGUACGGACUUAAUCAUGGAUCGUGAUAGACCAGCUUCUUUUGUUUUGUUCUGGGCAUGGUACUUUUCUGGUGCUCGGAUCAGCUCUUUACGCCUCUUGUUUUCUUGACGAGGCGAUAUACCCAUUGAGCUGCAUUCCGAUUGCUUCUGCGUUAUGUUGGGGGAGCGACUCCCGAGGAAUCAGGUGUAUGUUUUGAUAUUACAAGCGAGAGCAGGGCGGUAAUUCUUGUUAUGGAGUACUCAAAAAAUAACGGUUGGAAUUUGUUUGCAAUAGAUCUCUUGUCGC